AUGUUCCAGGAGGACAAAAACGUUCCAUAUUGUCAUUUCCCCACAAAUACUGGAUACGUUGACGAUCCUUUCCCUCCUCCUUUUACCGCAGGUGCUGUUACCACUUACAGACUCCGCCAAAAUCCUUAUGGAGGCCGGAAUCCCUUCGGCUUUGAUUCCGAAAAAAUUCAGUUUGAAACUGAAGAAAUUGGCGAUGCCAUUCGAAUAAAAGUGGGACAUAAAGAUGCAUUCGAACCCAAUGUUCCAUUCAAUAAGCAUCCACGAAUUGAGUCAGAGGAGAAGCUAAUUUUCAAAAAAAUCGACGAGUCGAUUUUUGUGUUUUCUGUGGAACGAAAAUCAAAUGGGGCAAGGAUUUGGGACACUUCCAUCGGUAAGUAGUACCUAAAAGUUAUAAUUUGGAAAAGAAAUUUUUAAAAUACGUGUUCAAAAAUUUCUGAUAACAUGUCAUCUUUGUUGUGAAUUUAUACUUUUUCUUCCUGAAUAUCAGUCUGUCGGGAAAAUAACGGCGGAUCGUCGCGCCUCGGAAUCGCCCAUCAUCGCUUUGCGACUGCAAGCCGCGGCUUGGGAUUUAGUGCGCGACAGCGGCGAGGCGAGACAUUUCGCUGCGACAAUCCGCCGUUAUUUUUCCGACAGACUGAUAGUAACUUUAUUUCAAGGCUUCCGCUACAAAAAUUUUUAGAAAGUGGGUAAAAUACGAAUUUCCUAAUGUGUCCCUCUGAAAAUUAAAAAAAUAAAUUUGGCUAAAUCCUUCACGUAUCUUGCCCAGCUUAACAAAAUGACCCUUCAGGCGGCCUUGUCUUCGGCGAGAAGUACAUCCAAAUUGCGACCAAACUCCCGACCAAAACAAUUUACGGAUUCGGUGAACAUAUCCAUCAGACCAUCAACCAUGACUUCAGCAAGUACAAGACCUACCCUCUCUUUGCCCGAGAUCAGCCUCCGCAAUCGAACUACGAAAACUAUAUGAAUCUUUAUGGAGUCCACAACUUUUAUGUUGGGAUCGAGCCCGACGGAAAAGCCCAUGGAGUUUUCGUCCUCAACUCGAAUGCCCAGGAAGUAACCACUGGUCCCGGCCCUCAUCUCGUCUACAGAGCCAUUGGCGGGAAGUUUGAGAUCUUCUUUUUCCCGGGCCCAACGCCCGAAGAAGUGAUCCAACAGUACCAACAAGUCAUCGGGAAACCUUACCUUCCAGCCUAUUGGGCGCUCGGAUUCCAACUGUGCAGAUAUGGAUACCUAUCGUUGAGGGACAUGUCUGACACGCUGAAUCGAGUUUUGGCUGCUAAAAUACCAAUUGACACGAUUAUCCCGGAUAUCGAUUACAUGGAGAGGUACAAGGACUUCACCAUUGGGCAGGAUGUAAGUUGGAGGGAGGGAAGAAUAUGAGCUCGUUUUUGAUGAAAAUGGAAGCUUUAUUUUGCAAAACUCGAAAGAACGAAAUUACAGUUAGGUCGUAAAAAUACCGUAGUUGUAAUUUGUGCCUCUCAGGAUGUAAGCCGGGGUAUUAGAGGGUUUAUGGAAACGUAGCUAUUCAAGAUGUCAAAAGCAAUAACAUCCGUUUUAGCUCCCAUUAGCGUAUUUUAAACCCCUUUAUUUUUCUAGAGAUGGUACAACCUUCCCAACUUUGCCGACGAACUCCACGCCCGUGGCAUGCGUCUUACUGUAAUCCUGGACCCAGCUGUUCAAGUGGACAAUGCCAUCUUCGAACGAGCCAAGAUAAUGAACGCCUCUUUUAUUGCUUGGCCUCGCGUAGAUUUAGUCCCAGCAAAAAUCAAUGGUCUUUAUACAAAUACCAAGGGAACCUGGGACAUGUUGGCGGUUGUCUGGCCAGACAAACAUGUCGCUUUCCCCGAUUUCUUUGACGAUUCGAACAAGACUGAGAUUUGGUGGAUCAAAGAGAUCAGCGAUUUCCAUGGCCGUUUGAAAUUCGACGGCCUUUGGAUUGACAUGAAUGAGCCGGCAUCAUUUGCAACAAAUGACAAGCAUCCCUGGUACUACGACAACCCCGAUCAUCCCAACAUUGAGCCCUUGUGGUGUCCCACGCAAGGGCCAGACAGUAAAUUGGACAAUCCGCCGUUCAAAACUCUCGCCGCAUAUCAAUACGGGAAGGAUUACCCACUUGCCGGGAAUACGUUGUGCAUGAUCGCCAACACAAAUCGAGGGAAAAACAAAUUCUUCGAUGUGAAAAGUUUGUUUGGCUUCCAUGAAUCGAUCGCAACUUAUAAUGCCUUGAGGGAAUCGAGGAAAAAACGAGGUCAAAUUAUCAGCAGGAGUACUUUCGCUGGAUCCGGUCAUUAUGCCGGCCACUGGUUGGGCGAUAACACGGCAAGAUGGGAGGAUUUGAGGACGAGUGUGAUUGGCGUGCAGGAAUUUAAUAUGUUUGGGAUUCCGUUUGUGGGCUCAGACGUCUGUGGAUUUGUGGGAAAGACGAAUGAAGAGUUGUGCUUGAGAUGGCAACAAGUCGGAGCGUUCCACUCAUUUUAUAGGUGAGAUGGGGGCUAAAAUAUUUACGUGACGGAAAAAAGUGUUUUUAUAAAGUAAAUAUUCACUAUGUGAAUGUGUGACGAGUGUGACGCUGGAUUUUCUUCCAUUGCCAUUCACAAUUUCUACAUUCCAAUUAAAGAAAAAGUUGCGCUUUGAGGCCAUUAGGGGUCGACAUAUUAAACGAACUUUGGGUACUAUUUUCUCGCGCUCUAAAGUCCAGACAUAUGUCUUUGGUUUAGCUUGCGUAGGGCCCUUAUUUUGUUAUACCGACAACGAAAUCAUGAACGUAUUUUACCCACAACUUUUUUUCAGAAACCACAACGACAAUGAGAGUCCGGCCCAAGACCCAGCAGUCUGGCCAUCUGUCGCAAAAGCCACUCGAAUUGCCAAUGAAUAUCGUUAUCGCCAUCUCCCCUAUUUAUAUUCCCUACAUUUCCACGUAUCGCAAAAUGCCGGCACCGUAAUCCGACCAGUCGCAUUUGAGUUCCCCGAGGAUCCAAAAACGCAUAAUCUCAGUUACCAGUUCAUGUGGGGCCCGGCAGUUCUGGUAAUCCCGAAUCUUUGGCCAAAUACCGACAGUGUUGAUGGGUACUUGCCCGUUGCAACUGCUUGGUACACUUUUUACGGACUGAAUUAUGGAAGAAAGAGUAAUGGAAGUGGCACGUUUGUUGCGUUGAAGGAUAGCACGGCUCCGGCAUUCCUGAGGGAAGGAUUCAUUUUGCCAAGACAGGUGCCGGGGAUGAAUACAGAAGAGAGCCGGAAGAAUAAUCUGCAGCUGGUGGCAGGGCUGAAGAAGUUGAGGUGAGUUUUUUGCCGUCGCUAGGAAAAUUGGGCUACAUUGGCCUCUUCCCUCUACAAGGGAAGUACCCCAAGUGCGACGCUCAGAUUUUCUUUAAAUUUUGCACACACGUCGGGAAUAGACCAAUAUCAAUUCCUGAAAGUUUUAGCUCGCGCUUUGCGGGCGCCGCCGAGAUAUCGAACGAUUUUUGCUGCCGAGAGAGUACACUAAAUGUGGAGAGCGGUCAGAGAGAAAGACGCUUUUUGGCCAUAACUUCGCUUGCUAGAGAAAAUUGAUUUUUUGUGGAAACAUUAUCCUUUACGGUUGAAAUAUGCAUGAAACUUUUCGUGCCAAAAUUGUUGCAAAAAUUGUCGAAUUUUUGCUGACUUUCGAUCUAAAAAUCUCGCUUGUUUCUGCAAAGCGCAAGCUACGAUUCUCGCAUAUAUUUUAGAAAAAAUUAUUCUAAAUUUGUGCCAAGUUUCAUCAAAAUCUGAGCGUCUCACUUGGGGUACUUCCCCUGUCAGCUUGUCGGAAAAGUAUUUUUUACUUCAUGUAUACGUAUUGUCUUUCGUAUAAUUUUUCCAUAAAAUUUACAAUUUUUUCAGCGAUAACCAUUUCAUUUCACAAGGAGAACUCUACUUCGAUGAAGGCGACAACGACGCCUACGUCCAUUCAAACGCCGUUGAUGGCCGCCGUCUUUAUUCUCACUACCACUUCAAGUUCAAUAUAACAGCAGCCCCAGCCAAGACAACUUUGUUUAUCACCUUGGAUCACAAGCCAAUUCGCGGCGACAUCGUUAUCCCCCCUAUCGAAGAAAUCGAAGUCCUGGGGUAUCCUUGGAGCAUCAAUUUUGACAGUUUUGCUGUCAAUGGACUGGUUGUCACUGUUUCGAAGCAAGAAAGCAGUUACUCUCCAUUCACGGAGAUGUUAAGGAUCAGACGGAGUGGAGUUGGAUUGAUCAACUUGAACAAUCAAGAUGGGAAAGUGCAGAAUGUCUGGGAAAUCUCGUGGGAGAACCGAGCAAAAAGCAGUGCUCUUUGA